UACACCCACAAAUGACAGACAACCAUUUGCAAAUUCAGUCGCAUCAAAUUUCGCCUUUAAAGUACAGGGCAGGUCAGGAAUUAGAUUCAACAUUUAUAUAAAAAUUUGCCGCAAGCGUUCGACACUAUUAGAUCGGCUUCAACUGUGGGGAUCGUAUUUAAUCCCUGCUGUUUAAAAUAUCAUUUUAUUUGUUUAUCAGCACGGUUUGAAAGGCAAUUAAGUUAUUCACCUGAUGGCGGCGGACUGAUCUUAAGUUUCAUCCAUGCAUUGCAUGAUCUGGUAGACCAGCGACAAUUGAUAAACGCUGUCUAAUGCAUGGUAUGGUGUGGAGUACCAUUGCGUUUCAAGUUGUUCGUUGAGCGACGUGGUUUCGAAAGCUAACUUGCAGACGGCUCUCAAAAUUUCAACGAGUCAUCACAUUGCAUUGAUGACCUUUUGUCCGUACGAACUCGCUUGGAAUUUCAUGCAAAGAAAAGAUAUUAAAGAGACUAUGGGAGAUCGAUUUUGCUUCAAUGUAUCCGUAAACGCUUUAGCUGGAUAGCUUGGAUCAAAGACAAACCUAUCAAGGCCAAUAUCGCCCGCUUUUGUGAUAUCAAAGUCAAGUAUAUUCGACACAACGGUCAGAAGUUUGGCAUGAAUACUACGUAAACAUAAUCUUGCCUGUCAAGACUUUGCGAUAAAAUCAUGCGUUGUCACAUUUACAAGAACCUAAUGUUUGUUUUAUUCGUUUUGGCGGUUUUCAACGUAUCUUUUCUGACCUACACAAUACUCAUGACGAACCUUCCCACGGAGGAGAGAGCUCUCGAAGGCAGAUCAAUGGACGGAAGUUGGCGAACUCGGGUCCCUUUAUUCGGCAAAAGCGUUGAGAGUAUUCUUGACCAACUCAGUCACGGACCACAGACCCCAGUCUUUUUGUACAAACCUGUCUGUCGGAGUGGUAGCUGUACAAGAUACAGUGGCUUGGAGUUGAAGAGAAUAUUUCGUGAGAGUGGAUUUGAUAUUGUGGAGAAAGAUGAUAAGGACUGGACUCUUUCGCUAACAAACGGAGUGUCAGGCCUACCAAAAGUAUCUAAGGUCUGGCAAUACACAAACAUAAUUCCUGGUCUCAGUCAUGUGUGUUUGAGAGAGCAGCUCUGUCGUCGCCUAAACCUACUUUGGCGAAGGCAUAGCUUGAAAGAUUUUCUGUCAUUUCCUAAGUGUUUUAUCCUUAAUGGGAACAAUACUCUUGAUGGAAACUUGUUACCAAAAGGUCACUGGUUAGUGAGAGAAGCUGGUAGCCUUCGAGGAUCGAGUGAGGGUCUUAGGAUACUAAAUCGUGGUGAUGUACAGUCUUUAAUCAAGAAACAAAAUGCCCGAAAACCCUCAAAAAAUAAACAACAGCCUCGGAGUAAAACCUUAUUCCAAACAAGAGCACUAACUAGCAUAGAACAAUAUAUUUAUGAACCAUUUUUGGUCAACAAGCGGAAGCAUUUACUGCGAUUUUAUUUGUUGAUAAAGUCUAUAGACCCAUUGCGAGUCUAUGUGUCAGAUUUUGGGGAUGUGGCGUUUUCACAAAUGCCUUAUAAAACUGAUGUCGCUAGCAGAAACGAGAGUUGUAUGCAUUUAGAUAUCUAUACUGCAUCAUGGUGCGCAAAAAACCUCGACUCAUCUUCAAAAGUCUGGGACGUGAACGCACCAGAGUCGCUGGUGUGGACGCUGAAACAUUACUGGUCAGUUUUGUCUCACAGGGAUAUUGACGUUUCGCACACUGCUGCUCAGAUUAGAGACGCUUUGUUACAAACUGCUAUCUUAACAGCAUCCAUUUCUUCGGAGAUUCUUGAUCACAACUACAGGAAACAAAGGGCAAAAUAUCUUGCACUGAAGAAAAACGGGUUUGUCAUGUUCCAUGUCAAGAUUUUGCUGGACAACAGCAGAAAACCACACGUGAUUGACGUUGAUUGUGAUCCAGGUUUUCAGACGAUGGGAAGCGAGAGUUUUAGAUCGAGGCAAAUGACAAGGUUAAUACGGGAUCUCAUUAAAUUAAGUGGAUCAUUUCGAGGACAGUAUGAUCGCAAACCUUAUAAGGAAAAGCUUACGGAUAACUUACUGUCAUUCUGCAGCAACAGAGGAGGCUGUAGUGAGGAAGAAAUUCAGACUAUUAUAAAUUUUGAGGAUGAAAGACACAACUCAGCAAGUUUUCGACUUCUUUAUCCACAUCCAAGCUCAGUUAAUAGCCAUAAAACAACGAUAAAAGAGCUCAAACUUGACAGCGUACUUCCUGAAUAUGUAGAUCAAAUUAGAAAGUUUUAAAACGCAAAAAGUAGGCUUUUAGAACAGAGAAAAAGAUUAUAAAAUAUAGGUUGUAUUAUAAGAGAAAGAUGAACAAUAUUUAUCCAUUUUAGAAGAUUUUAAAACGGUUUAUCUUUUUUAUUUGUUGUGUGUAAUUAGACAAUGAAUAGUUGUUCUAGAUCUAGUAGACCUAGAAAGACACUUAACUUAAACUUAACUUAAAAGACGCUAUUCUUUUAGCCAGAAAUUUAGUUUAUCAUCAGCUGAAGAUUGGUAGGUAUUACGAACUCAACUCAAGCAAUGUAUGGACACGUUUGGUAACACACCUUUCUUGUAAUGACGUCAAACGCGAAAAGCCCGAUGUUACACGAAGGUUGAAGGUUAGUUUUUUGGAGCCAAUCAAAUUUCGUGUCACAUCAAGUUUUCACGUUUUGUUUGAUUUCAUUAUGGUCAGCCUCCCCUCCAAACCCUCCCCUCCCUGGCUUGGCCUCCUCCCUUCUAAAGGAGAAGUGCUGACUCAGUUGUUCCAGUUCAAUAUGGCGGACAAAGUGCAAUUCCAUCUUCCAACAGCUAGUAGUGGAAAUUGGGAAUCUGGAUUUGAACGGAAUAAUUUCAAUAUUUCAGAUUUUUCAAGACAUGCACUUAGUCGUUAAAGCCACAACCAAUUUUGAUGAUUUGUUAGCGUUGAAUCUAUGUUUGCUUUGGCGAGCUUUAGAAACGGAGGAGCAUUUGAGAUCAUGUCAGGAAUUGAAGUUGUCGUUUUGCCGGUGGAAUACUUGAGCAAGAACCGAGCUCUAAGAGCAGGGAAACAGGGUGAACAGCAAAUAUCGAUAGUAGAUUGAUUUUUCAUCGGUUAUCAGUUUGCGCUCUUUUAUAUAUCUUCUUAAAUUGUCUUUGAAAAGUCUCAAGAGGUCUGAAAACUUAACACGAGUUUCUGUAAUGAAUCUGAGCGUGAAAGAUCAACAAAUCAUCAAGACUGUUAUCCAGUUUAUUGUAGCCUUGGGUAUUUGUCCCAACCUUUUUGAAGGAGUAGGUGCAGCCUUUAAACGAAGAACUGGUUUUGGUGAUGCUUUGUGUGCUGAAGAUGGCCAUAAACACGCUGUGUCUCUUGUUGUGGAAUGAAAAUUUAGCUACAGAAGAAUUCAGGGUGAUUCAUCAAGAUUAUGGUCUACCAUUGGGAUACCAUACUGCACUAGUAUACCAAACAAUGGUGAAGUCUUCGUUCAAACUAUCU